CUUACUUGGAAACACCGACAUACACUUUUGAACGUGUAUUCAGAACGCAGGAUAGUACUCAGCCCUCAUUCCUGGCUCCGCGACUUCAUUCCCGGCAGCGAGCAAUUCGGCUCGCCAGAUACGAAAGAUUCCCUGGAAGGUCCUGUGCAGCGGACGAUACCUUAUUCAAGCAAUUUACGAAAAGCUUUAACCUUCGCCAUAGCUGAUCUACCUGCGCUACACAGCAAGUAACUGUCAACGUCGCGAGCGUGAAGAACGAUAGGUCGGCAUAACAUCAGAAUGCAUGCGGACUCGUCUUUCGUACUAGCAUAAAUAAGUAGCUUUGCUAGCUUAACCCCUUACAGGCCCUUGAGAAACCAGCGCCGGGCCUCUGGGCCUGCUGUUUCAACCGCCAGGCCACCUGCCGUUCCAUUCAAGGGCUCAAACGUGCUCAAGCCUUCAAACUCCUAAAAUAACAAAAUUUUUGCAACGACAGGCACUAUGUCAAAGGACCUUCAUCGGCGCGACGACUCGUCCGCUGGCUCUACUGCCACCGGCAGCAGCAGCCAGGCCGCCGCGCACGAGCCUCCCGCGUUCAAGCUUGGCCCCUUCAUGGCCCAUAAGCUCGGAACCUUCCUUUCAACCUUCAAAAAGCGCCACGGCCGAGGCCAGGAGCACGGCAGCCGCUCAAAACGGUUUCCAGCAAGCGUCAGCCUCCAGGACUUUAACACAGUAGCAGUUGGCCCGCGAACUUAUACCUCCAGAACUACAAGUCAAGAUUCCACGGGCAGAAUCCGAGGCGCCUCAGACAGCGUGCUGCCCGCCAUGCUUCGCAUUUCGAGCUCCGGCGCCUCUGCCGCAGGCGAAAGCCCACGCCCUCGCGAUAGCAACUCGCGGCUGUUGCUGAGUUCUUACCAACCGGCGACCACCGGGCUAUCCUCCGCUUCAAGCAAAACGCUACAACAACAAGAAUCGGGGCUGGGCGACGUUUACACGACCGCCUCGCAGCACUUCUGCAUUGCGCAGAUUGAGGAGGACCACCCCUUCUGCAGGCCCUGCACCAAGGAUGUUCCUGCUUUAGGGUCAGCCGGAACCCGUAGCAGUAGCGACGGCGCCUCCUCGCCAGAAGCUCCUCGCCGCCUCUGGUGGCUGGCGCGCAGCCACAACCCCGCCAGCCACAGCGCGCACAAGGGCAGCGCUACGGUCGUUAAAUCUACAGCGUCGGAGUUAUCGGCAUCAGCAGCAGCUCGCCGUGACAGCGGCGGCGGCGGUGGCGGUGGCGGCGGCAAUCACCACAACCACCACCACCAACACCACCAAGUUCAUCGCAACCGGUACGGCAGCGGUUUGCUGACUGCGGCGGCCGCACCCGUACAGCGCAUCUUCUCUGCCGUGCUUCACCUGGGUCUGCACCUGCACCAGCCUGACAACCAGCAGCGACAUCAUCAUCAACAACAUCGUCAACAUCAUCACUAUCGCCGGCAGACUCAACGCCACCAACAUCUGCAUGAGGGCGCCGGGGCCAGCUACCCGCCGAGUCCAAGGGACGUUACCUUUGUGGCCCAGUCGGAGCAGGAGUCACCGCCGCCCCCGCCGGCGGCAAGGGUGGAGGUACGACCGGCGGCGCCGGCGUACGUUAAUAAGCAGCCUGCUGCAGGUAGGCAGGUCCUUUUUUUUCAGCCCGUCGUCAACCACUCCCUCGCCGCCGCCCCAGCACCAGGCGACACCAAGGCUCCUUCCGACACACGCAAGACCUCCGGAGUGGUCGCAAAAGGAAGCCGUACAAGUGACGACGUCGCCGUUUCCAGCAGUAGUCGUCCCAUGUCACCGCUGGUCCCUCCGCCGCCGUCGCCACUGUUGCCGCCGUACAGUGCAGCCUCGCCCUUCUCCACUGCCGCUGCUGAGGAUGCAGCGGCUGCCGCUGCCGCCGCCGCUGCCGCUGCCGCUGCCAAGCCCCCGUCCAGCCGAAUGCUCACUGUUAACCCACGGCUGCCUCCCGCGAUGAGGCGGCCCAUUUGGAAGCUCGAGGACUACGCAGUUGUGAAGCGACUCUACAAGGGCAGCACAUCAGCGGUCUACAAGGCCACCUGCCUGCGCAGCGGCGUGCCAGUCGCCCUCAAGGUCUACUUCCUCAGCCGCGUGCCGAAUGCCGUACUGCACAUGAUCGAGCGGGAGAUCGAGAUCCAAUCCGCUGUCGUACAUCCCAACAUCCUUGCCCUGUACGGAGCCUUCCUGACGGAACGACACCUUGUGAUGGUGUUGGAGUAUGCGGAGCGAGGGGAUCUGUACGGCAUCCACCGGAGCCGGGGCAGCCGCCGCAUGGAUGAGCACUUUGUAACCGAGGUGGUGCUGGCUCCGCUGCUGGAUGCUCUGGUCUACCUGCACAGCCGGGGCGUGUGCCACCGAGACAUUAAGCCCGAGAACGUGCUGUUCACGGCCGACUGGCAGCUCAAAUUGGCCGACUUCGGAGUGGCAAUCGACCUGGCCAAGGAGCGAGCCGUCACGCGGGCCGGCACAGAGCACUACAUGGCUCCCGAGGUCUGCCGCUGCCCCCUCAAGUUCCGGCCGCAAGACAACAAGCACGACCUCUCCCUUUCCUACGGCACCGCUUGCGACGUGUGGGGCCUGGGCGCCCUAACCUACGAGCUGCUGGUGGGCUUCACGCCGUCAAUGAUGUCACUUCGGCAUCAGCCGCUGCAGCCGCAGCCGGCGCCGCGGCCGGCCCUCUCCGGCGCCGCCAAGGCUAGUGGGAAUGACGGUAAAGCAGCAGCAGCAGAUGGAGGCGAUGAAGAUGACCUGGCUGCCGCAGUUGCAGCCGCCGCUGCGGCGGCAGCGGCGGCCGGCCCCGGCCUGGUUUUCCCAGCGGGGUUGUCGGCUGAGGCUCGCGGCUUCGUGGCCUGGGCGCUGGAGGAGGCGCCCGAGGACCGGGCUACCUCGCUGCAGCUCAGCAGGCACGCCUGGAUGUUUGGGAACAUGCAUGCGACGGUGGAGGUGACGAGGAGGGCGAAGGGGUCGUCGCCAGUGGUGGCGGUUGCAGGGCGGCGUGCAGGGGACGUGGCGGCGGGUGGCGCCGCUUCCAACGCGGCAGGUAGGGUGGUGAUGCAUGGCACGGCAGCGUACAUGGGGUCUACCUCGCUUUCAGUUUGAUCUAGUCGUGUGUGGAGGCUGGCGGGUGUGCGGCUGUUAGCUACAAAGCACAGGGAGGUCCGUAGGCUGAAGCGGCUGGCAUGCUCCUGUGGUAUGUCAACCUGAUAAUAACUGCAUGGGCCGGCAUGUAAGUACGUAUGUACCACAUGUCGUGUUCCUCGUACAUGCAUGCUAACAUGCAUUGAACUGUCCUGAGCAGGUCUGUCUCCAGCACCGAUUCCUAGAAUCCCGGCGCUUGUCCCUAUCUAUCCAUUUACAACGUGCAGAUACGCAGCAGGCGUUCCCCGUCUCUUGGAUCUAGCCCGUCAUCGGCCGUAGGCCGUACAACAUGCAGCAGGGUCGCAGGCAAGGAGGCAGUGUCGCGAGGAAUCGUUUGGGGAGCUGCUGGAUAUGCGCCAUUGCCGCAUCGUAGGAAGCGUCACGGCCGGGAAGCACAUGCGCUUUUGAGGCCUUGCGUCGGUUAGACCCAUGGGUCAAGCGCGCGCAUGGGACGACUGCUGCACGGGAGCGAGGAUUCCGAGGUUGGCAUUUUCACCAGUGCCCCCCGUCUUCCAGAAACACGUCCGAAGUGAAGCAUUGCAUGUAUGCUAGUUCACUACCAGGUUUCCUGCUCUGCAUGCUAUGCUAGGGGCCAACCACCCCGUACCUUUCUCGCAUGUUGAAGCCUGGCUGUUUGCGGCUCAGCUGCUGCUGCUGCUGCCAAGGUGCGGCAUUUCCUGCCUUGCUAGUGCUGCAGUGCGUUAUGGUGCUUGUACGAGGGUCGCUGCUGCUCCUGCUGCAGGCAAUUAAUUGUGGUUAAGCGUUCCAUGUGGCUGCUGGCAGCCGUUGCGUUUCUCCUCCGCAUCUCGUCGAGGCCAAAUGCGGUCAGUGCGGCAAGCAGUAGCAUUUAUGCUGAUUUCAACUACAGCUGCUUAUACCAAGAUAAUUAGGCGCAUGUGUGUAUGGCAUGCGGUAACUCGCCAGCAUGAAAUGAAGCCCUUUGAUAUCCCGCCGUCUAUUGAACCAUAGCGCGUCCUAGAAGUAUCGUGUGAAGAAUAUUCCUACUUGUUUACAUAGCUGUCUAUACGACACGCGUCCAUGCACUACUUGUUAUAGUUGUUAUGGUGACCCAUGGGUCGUGAUGUUUGCGCAUUCCCACUGCUUUCUGUUGCUUUCUGUUGCCAUUGUUGUUUGUGAUUGGAAUGAUGUUAAGGGUUGGGUUGCACGUCGCAAGUCGCAUGUUUUCUCCUGCUGCUAAAUCCUAGGAGCUCUAUGCAACUAGCAGGAUGAACAGGUGCGGCUGAAGAGGGAUGACGAGUGAAAGUGAGGUUGGUUACAGUUUACAAGCAUGUGCCAAGUGGUGCGUGCGUGUUGUGCAAUUAUGCGUGCAAGUAACUGGUGUGCAUUAAUGGCUGGUGGCUAUUCUUUCUCUAUCAGAACCGUGAGUGCGGAAUUGGAUGUGCAUAUCGAGGUGUCCGGUGAUAUUAUUUGCGAAGAACUAAAAUUAAGUUGUGUCCAGGACUUCCUUAUAGACCAAGAGAAGCUCUUGUGGGCCUUUAAGUGCAACGCAAUGCUUAUGGCAAGUGCAUAAUGCAGGAGCAGGAGCGAAAUCGCUACGGGCUUGGUACGGCACUUUGUGCUGAUUGCGGGCGGUUGCGCAUGCCCCGUGUGCUAAUGGGAAUGAGCCCGGCUCCAGGAGCCCAGGUUGUUGUAUGGGGGCUUUAGGCUGCUGUUUUGUUGCAGCCGGUGCUGAAGGGUUGCCAGUUGGCGUGAUAGAUGCGGCAUGCGCGUCCAUCCAGCGCAUGGGGGCAACAGCCGCUUAUGACGUUGUGAGGUGGAAGCCUGACGCGUACUGUAUCCGCGUGGCACAAUACUACGGCACCUGGAGUAAUGGGCCUUACAGUGGCGAGCAGGAGCGGAGAGGAGUUGACGGAGCAGUGGAUGGUUUGUGGUUGUUGUCUUGUCGCUCCGGUUUGUGUAUUUAGAUAAGUGCGCUAGCCUUGUUACGGAACGCACAAGUACAAGAAGAAUCUAUGCGUCCCUUUACGUGGCUUUUGCGUCCUUGCCAUAGUAAAGACGUGUGUACUUUCCUGCGUGUGGCAACGGCAGCGGAGCACAUGUACAAGUAUGCCUUCUGUAACACUGACAGCGCGUGUGCAAUUAAAUAGGCGUAAGAGCUGGCUGUUGCUUCGGGUGAAUGUGUCCUGCUGUCGCCUGGUCUUCGCGUCUUCCGUAAAAAUGGACAUGCACGGCAGCGGUAAUGUCGCUAGUCGCCUUUUAAGGAGCUAGCAAGCUACGAG